AUGGUUAUGGCGCAUGUUCGGUCGCGCAAGAUGGGGACGUAUCCUGGGUCAUCGGGGGCCAACUCGUGUGUGUCGAAUUACAGCAAUAGCACGAAUAGCAAGACGGUAGGGUCCGGGAUUCAUAGACGUCCUAGUGAGAAUAUAUUGAUGAAUAUGAUGGAAGGUGGUAGCGGUAGUGGUAGUAGUGCGGCAGCAAGCGCGUCCAGUAGUGUUCCAGGGGGGGCAGGGUCUCUUUCUACGGGGCCAGGGCCUGCAGGGGGGCCACCAGACGCGCCUGAGGAUGGUGUACUGUCGUUUAAGCCGCCUAAUCGGAAGGCGGUUUUAGUGAAGAACGAAAGACCCAUUUCGAACGAGUCGAUCAUUACAGACACGGGAGAUGUGUUUUCCAUUAAUGCUGGAUGUUCCAAGGACUCCUCUAGCGGGACGUCGAUUAUCGACGAUGAGGAGGAUGAUGAGGAUGGCAGCAGUAUUGUUAAUGGUGGCGCGUUGACAAAAGAGUUGUUCUCCGCUUCAAAUUCGAGUCAGGGUGCGGCAGCAGCAUCCACCAGAAAAAAUGGCGGCAGCCACCUGAAUAACAAGGAUGAGCUGGACGCUGUGUCGCUAUCCCACCUCACCGAUACCUCGCUUUCGGAUGCAGAUCUUUCAGUAUCGACAGUCAAGGUCACAUCAACACCAAAGGCAAUGAACACUAAAUACACAUUUAACAACAGCGAUUCGCAUGUAACCGGCAAUAGUAACAGUAAUGCCAGCAGUAAGAGUGGAUCGACGUCGUCGGGAGCCGGGUUUGACAGCUCCGGCAUCAGCAUGGGCAUGAAUAUGAAUACGGCAGGUUCCAGCUCUGGGCCAGGCGGCGCGAAGUUGCUUACCCGGUCGAAAACAGCUUCAGCCAUGAAGCCCAGCACGAACAGCGCAAUGGCUCCAUCUUCGGUGUCGUCCACUUCUGUACAUUCAGCAUCGCAUCACGGUCACCAUCCGUUGUCCGUAUCGCAGCAUUCCAAGAGCGUGCCCGUUCUACCAACGGACUUGCACAAUACAAAGAAACCCUUAACUCCUUCGCAGCGUUACAGACUGCGCAGGGAACAAAACAAGAUACACUUGCAACAUAGUAUCAAACAAAAAGAGCUCUUUUACGAUGAAGACGCCAAGCUCUCGGCCAACGAGUUGCUGGACGAAAGCCUCGUCGCAACCAUACCAAUGGCCUCCCAUAGUUCUGCGUUCCUCACUCAACGCAAACAAAAAAGAUCUUCUGCAUCGGGAUCGUCGGCAACAAGCUCCUCAUCAUCGAAGGGCGGUGCCGGUGGUUGCGGCAGCGGGAACGGGAAAAUCAUUGACACCCAUGACAUGCCUCCUAGCCCAAUACCGGGUGUGCAAAGGAUGUCUGACCUGGAGUACUUCCAGCAAGUUGGAAGAAACCUCAGUGUUGUAUACCAAAAAUCUGAGUAUGAGAUUACCAAGUCGAGGCUCCUGGAGCGUACGCAAUCUGCAGAGUUACUUCCCUUUGAUUUCAAGAACGCAAGCGAAGAAGGUAUGGAGGACUUAAAGCUAGUGAGCGACGACAAAGUGUCGAUGGUGACGAGCACGAGGCCAUGUUGGCUGCCGCCAAAGGGCCAAGAGGAGCGGAAGUCUCACGAAAGGGAGGUUCGGAAAACGUUGAGCAUGGCCAGCAUCGAGAAGUUGGAGAGUAGCCAUAGACGAGAGGAGCAAGAGGUGAAGGACGAGAUAAACAGACAAAAAGUGGUGCUACUUAUUGAUAGAGGGUUAAAUAGGAAAUCUUCGCUUCCAGAUCUGAAAAGAAUUGCAUGGGAAACCGGAUUCUCAUCGUGCAAAAGGUCGUUGAUCUACAAUACUGUGUUGAACACAGAGCACAACGUGAUUUCUAACAAGUACAUGGACAAGUUGGAAGAACUAGAUGAAAUCAUCAAGUGCAAAAUGACGCCCUUCCCUAGCACGCAGAUGGCAGAAAUUAACAAGUUGGCGGAUGAUAUGCAUAUCGGCGUGACGCCAUCACUUCGACCACACUUGGUGAAGCUUUUGCAAUGGAAGUCUAUAUCCAAGUAUGGGAUACAGACGGGGGACAACUACUUGAUGUACCACUUGCUUCUGGAAGGGUUUGAGGUGGAAGAGAUAUGGAAGCUGGCGAACUUGCUCCAGUUGACAUGUUUCAACUCUACCACGAGAGACAAGUACGACAACCGGAUCAUGAACAAAGAUGGGGUUGUUGGGAGGUACAUGAGGAAAGAUGCUGCGUUUGCGGAGGAGUUCAACUCUAGAUAUUUGAACUACAUGACAUUCUGGAACUGUCUAGCGCGGGUGGACCACGAGCUAUUCAUGUGGAUCUUGGACAUAAUAGUUGCGGAGAACGCCAAGGUAUCGCGGUACGACGCCAACAACAAGCAGAUGCAGGCACUUGAUUGGGAUGCUUUCAAGGAGAAGCAUGUGACGGUAAACUACAAGAUUCUUUGUUCGCUCACGUUGAACGUGUUGCUCCGGUACCAUUUCGGAUGGAACAAUCUUUUGCAUUUGGACGAGUUGUCGUCGUCGUUCCGGUUAAUCCAGGCGAUUGACGAGUACCAGCCCAUCAGAGAGCAGAAUGCGUUGUUUGUGAGGAAGUGGAACCAUUACUACGCGAAGUUUUGA